GUCUUGCAGUAAAGCUAUUAAGACCGUGGUGUGAGUGAGGGAGAGCGCUGCAAGCAAAGUAAUACAAAAAGAAAAAAUGUUGUCAAAUUUAUUGCGUGGCUAUCAGCGUGUAGGAUGUCGCCCAAUGGCGCUGCGUUACUUCUGCUUAGAUCUGGUCUACAAGGAUGAUUAUGUUGAGAAGUUGCGGAACAGCUUCUACUCGGAGGAGCGCAGCAACGUAUUGUUGCCGACAUACAAGAAGGCUAUGCUCUAUCCGGACGAUCUGGCCGUUAGGGAUAAUGUCGGGGAGUACACCUACUUCCAGUUGUAUAUGGCAGCCAAGCGAUUGUCCAUACAGAUCUCAAAUAUAUGCGGCAGCGGCGCUUCGUUGCCUGUGGGGUUUUUCUGUGCCAAUAAUGCCAUGUGGAUUGUGAUGCUGUGGAGCUGCUGGAUGUCCGGCCAGGUGGCAGUGCCACUGCGUACGCUACCUUCCCUGGAAUUGUUGCGUCUCCAGGCGGUUGAUUGUCGGCCAAGCCUGUUGCUUGGCACACCUGAAAACGAAAACAUUAUGGAGGAACUGGCCAAAACCCUGAACGCUGCCACCAUUAUGCUAAACCAUGACUUUGUGCCGCCCGUGAAGGACAUCUCCUCGACAACGAUAUAUGCCCAGCAGCUGGUGAUCACCGGAAAGUCGGGCGUACUAAUGCCAGAGGCCAUGCUGCCCAAUGACUUUUACGAGAACAGCAUGGCCAUGAUGCUCUACACAUCCAACGAGACGCAUAGCCCCAAGCCGGUGAUGCUCAGCCAUCGCAAUAUGGAUGCCCAGGUCCGUUGCCUGAUCGACACCUGGCGCCUGGGGCCCAACGAUACCCUGCUGCCCGUGCUGCCGAUGCUGCACAUGCACAUUGCCAUUGGGGCAGUGCUUCAUGUGGGCGGCAAUGUCGUGCUGCAGGGCGGCUUCAACACCAGCAGCAUCUGGAACUCGCUGCUGGGCGUCAAUCUGUCGACCAAAAAGCGCUGCACCUGCUUCCUGGCCAUGCCCAUCGUAUACAAGCAAAUGAUUGCCGAAUACCAAAAGAUGUUCCUCAAGGAUACGCGCAUGGUCGAAUACAUUAAGAAGCACUGUAGCGAGAAGAUGCGUUUAAUGGCCACUGGCUUUGCAAUGCUGCCCGAUUCGGUAUUCAAUAGCUGGCGCGACAUCACCGGCCACCACAUUUUGGAGUACUACGGCAUGUUGGAGACGGGCUUCGUGCUGGGGCAUGCCAUCGAGGAGGGUCCCAAGGAGCUACCCAAAGUGGUUAACCAAAUACGUGCACCCAAACCACAGCCCAGAUCCUUUCCACCCAACUACAAGACGGGCAUGCUAGGCACCCCUCUGCUGGGCGUCACUGCCCGCCUGAUGAGUCCCACUGGCAAAGAGAUCUUCAAGUGCCAAAACCAUGUCGAUGGUCCCAUCAAAACGGGGCCCCUCAGUGAGGCCUCCAAAAUUCCUGUCGCCAAUUUCGAUCCCAGCAAAGCUGUGGCGGUUGGACAGCUGGAGAUUGCCUGCAAGCAUCUGCCUGGAGUAGACGUGGAGGAGAACUUCAUACCCACCGGCGACAUGUGCGCCUUUUACAAUGACAACUUCUACUUCAUUAGCAAGACGUGCGAUGUGGUAACCGUUGGGGGUUUCAAGCUCAACGGCUCGGAGGUCAAGAAGGUGCUGCUCUCGCAUCCAAAAAUCAACGAUGUUGCCGUACUGGCCAUCCCGAAUGAGGUGUGGGGCCAUCGACUCUGUGUCAUUUGCAUUGUCUCGCCCAAUGUCGAAAUUGAGUUGGAGUCCAUCGAGUCAUAUUGCCAGGAACACUUGCCACCCUACAAAUGUCCUCAGGUCGUAAAGGUGGUAGUCGCCAAGUAAUUUGCCACCGUUUAAUGCUCAGUCGACAUUUCGACCCGACCACUUUCAUCUUACACGAUAAUUUUUAAAACACGAAACUCGAAAGAAUAAAUGAAAUUUCAGGCAUUGCCAAACGAUCUCUUGAUGAACUUUAA